AAGACGCGCAAGACGCGCAUCGUGUGCAUAUCGGACACGCACAACAACACGCCCAAGCUACCUGCUGGCGAUGUGCUGAUUCACGCUGGAGACUUGACGAAUCAGGGCUCGUAUGAUGAGCUUGAACGGAGUGUGGGUUGGCUUGAGAAGGCGGAUUUUGAGGUUAAGAUUGUUGUUGCAGGCAAUCAUGAAAUCACGCUUGAUGAGCAGUUCUACGAAGAGAAGGGGAGUCGGUGGAAGUGGCCUGCUUGGCAGAGUCCGAGAGGAUGUAUGAAGCUGCUGCGGGAAUCGAAGACGGUUACCUACCUGGAGAAUAAGUCUACGAUGAUAUACUUGAGGAAGCCAACGGGGCCGCAGACAUACUUUAAAGUGUUUGGGAGUCCGUCCACCCCUGGGCCUGGUAAUUGGGCGUUCGAAUAUCAGGAGCAAGACGCAGGGAAAAUGUGGUCUGCCAUUCCCAAAGAUGCAGACAUCGUAGUAACGCAUACGCCACCGAAAGGACACUGCGAUGCGGCAACGAAGGACGACCGGUCUGGAUGCCCUUCGCUUUUGCAAAGAUUGGCUGUUGUCAGGCCGUUGCUGCAUGUAUGCGGUCAUAUCCAUGAGGCUCGAGGAAUCGAAUGUGUCCGCUGGAGUCCUUCCCGCAGCGACAGCUUGGUCGACAGCGUAGAAAACUGGCAAGACCCUGGAAGUGGCAACAAGAAGCUAUCUCUACUGGAUUUGACAUCCAAG